AUGUCGACGACGGUGGGAUCCUUCAUUGCUGGUGGCAUUGCGGCUUGUGGCGCCGUGUCCGUUACGCACUCUUUCGAGACGGUCAAAAUUCGACUUCAAUUGCAGGGUGAACUUCAGACGAAGCGCGAUGCUCCGCGAUUAUAUCGAGGCGUCCUCCACGGCGUCUCGGUGAUUUAUUCAAAUGAAGGUUUCAAGGGACUUUUACGAGGCCUCAGCUGCGCAUACAUCUACCAAAUGACGCUCAAUGGCUGUCGACUCGGUUUCUACGAUCCCAUCCGUACCACCCUCAACAACCUUGUCCUUUCCUCCUCAGCCACUGCGACCUCAGCGCAACGGCAAAGCCUACCGAUCAACAUCGUCGCCGGUGCUUCCUCCGGUAUCCUGGGCGCUUUCCUCGGUAGCCCAUUCUUCCUCGUGAAAACCCGCCUACAGUCCUACUCACCCUUUCUACCGGUCGGAACACAGCAUCAGUACCGCAACGCCGCCGAUGGUCUCUCACAAAUCUGGCGCUCAGAAGGAAUCCGCGGAUUAUGGCGCGGUGUGGGACCCGCCAUGGUCCGGACAGGUUUCGGCAGCAGCGUGCAACUGCCGACCUACUUCUUCGCCAAACGCAUGCUCACCACCCACGCGGGCUUGUCCGACGGCGCACCUUUGCAUCUCCUCAGCUCAGCGGCGUCCGGAGUCGUCGUCUGCGUCGUCAUGCACCCGCCGGACACGGUCAUGAGUCGGAUGUACAACCAGACGGGUAACUUGUACGCUAGCGCAUGGGAUUGUCUGUACCGCACGGUGAAGGCCGAGGGACCGUUGGCGGUAUACAAGGGCUUCUUUGCGCAUCUGGCACGGAUCCUGCCGCAUACAGUGUUGACUUUGAGUCUGGCGGAGCAGACGAACAAACUGAUGCGCAGGGUCGAGGAGCGGGUUGUGCCGUCGCUGAGGAAGGAGCGUCUGGAGUAG